UGCCCAUCAGUGCCACAUAUCACUGCCCUUCAGUGUCACCCAUCAGUGCUGCCAAUCAGUGCCACCUAUCAGUGCUUGUCAGUGCCGCCUAACAGUUCCAUAUAUCAGUGCUGCCUUUCAGUGCCCAUCAGUGAUGCCUGUCAAUGCCCAUCAGUGCACCUACCAGUGCCUCCUCAUAAGUGCCCAUCAGUGCCACCUAUCAGUGUCCAUCUGUGCAUCUUAUCAGUGCCCAUCACUACAGCCUCAGCGUACAUCAGUGAAGGAGAAAAAUCACUUUACAAAAUUUUAUAA